ACGAACAUAGCCUGAUCGACUUGGUUUUUUAUCUUAAUCAAAUGGAAAUUCCUUCUACGUGUUUCAACUAAUCUAGUAUACCCUUUUACUCUACGAAUGUUCAAACAGCUUCUUGUGAAGAGAAUUGAAUUCGUGAAGAAAAAGCAAGGAAACGGGUCAAUCUGAAUUUGUAAAAAGUUAAAAACUUGAACCUUAAAAAACAGAGAAUUAAGAUACGGCUCAAAUUUGACCCCUCGCCAAAGUUCCCUGCUAAGUUCAUGUUCACCCAGCACCAGAAUCCAUUGGUUAUACACUUUAUGGAACAGGCGGGACUUCCAAUGGAAAAUUAUGGAGUAUCACAGCAAAUCCAUAACACCGGGCCUAUUCCCGUAAUCGGGCCCUCCGGAUUUAGUUCCUACUUACGGAGCUGUUCCCCUGGACGGGUUCCAAAGGAGUAUUACGGAGACUCGGACUCUUUAAGCAGCCCCAGAUCUAUCGACCCAUACAUGUUCCGGCGUUCAAUGGAGUAUUCCAGCUACACAGAGUCUAGUGAAACCAGCAGUAGCUCCGAUAGCAACAUGAGCUCCAACGCAUCAACAUCAAUGGGAUAUAACUCAGAUUCUAACGAGAAUCCUCCUCCUAACAAACGGAUCAAAUCAGAGUCCACGAAAUCCGUCAUGCCCUACAACUGCCCUGUGUGCCUGGAAGAUGUCCGCGAGAAGCAACCAGUGUCCACCAAUUGUGGCCACAUUUUCUGGAAAGCGUGCAUUGUAGACAUGGGGAGGAUAUGCCCAUUGUGCGGAGUUGAUGAGCCCAAAUUCCAUCGUAUUUUCUUGUAAGACUUGAUAUGGCAGAAAGCAUACCCCAUUCAAAAUACAAUGGUUGUAAAUACCACUGCUAGACUUGUGGCAUAUACCUUUGAAAGACCGGAACACAAUAUUCACACCUAAAGACACUGUUGCUCCAUUAUAACAACGCAAACAAAAUCUUAUACCAGGCAACAUACUCAAGAAACACAAUGCAAUCGAAAACUUUCAGCUCAGAAACUAAAACUCAAAUACAGCAGACAACUUUGGCCAUAAAACAUGGCGCAAGGACACACUCAUACUCGCCGGAAACCCCGGAAAAAUGGAAGGCAAGCAAUGAAAAUUCCGACCUACCGCAAUAAAUUCCGCGGAAAAACAGAGCAAGCGAUGCCAAAAUAAGAGUGAAAUGGCCAGCUCACACACACACACUCACAUAUAUGAAUGUAAAUGAAGUGGAAUCACCACCUCAGAAAAACUCAGGGACACCUCAGACACGGCGCUGUAAAUCGCGCUUAUCCAAAACACAACAUGGCAUCGGGAGGCAUUGGAGAUUCAGUUUCAUUUUCAUUCAAAGAUUGAAUAAUAAAAGGGGGUGUGUGUUCCAUCCCUACCCCAACAACCUAUGACCUGACACAAUGCUCUACAUUCUAUGUUUUUGUUCGAGUUGCGCGUUCGAAUCGCGGCUGCGCAAUAACCCUGAUGACCCAAACAGCUGUUCUAGGCAAGACCCUUACCUAGGACAACAUUUGCAUCCUUAUGGGCUUUAGGAGGCUGCACACCGAAUAACUGGAGGCUGGUCCAUCCAUGUUUACAUUGACGUAAUCCAGGUUGGAUAUAU